AUGAGUGGGUUCCGUGUGUUGGACUUAGUGAAGCCAUUUGGGCCAUUUUUGCCCGAAGUCAUUGCUCCUGAACGUAAGGUUCAAUUCCAGCAACGUGUCAUGUGGACCAUAAUCUCGUUAAUGAUCUUCCUUGUCAUGUCAGAAAUCCCACUAUAUGGAAUUGCAUCGACAGAUGGUAGUGAUCCUCUUUUUUGGUUGAGAAUGAUGUUGGCUUCUAAUAGGGGUACUUUAAUGGAAUUGGGUAUUUCACCAAUUGUUUCAUCGGGUAUGUUGUUUCAAUUGUUGCAAGGUACAAAAUUGAUUCAUGUUGAUAUGCAAAAUAAGAAUGAUCGUGAGACUUUUCAAGUGGCUCAGAAAUUGUUGGCGAUUUUAUUGGCAGUUGGUCAAGCUACUGUUUAUGUUUUGACUGGUAUUUAUGGACCACCAAAAGCUCUUGGAGUUGGUGUUUGUCUUUUAUUGAUUUUACAAUUGGUGUUUGCCAGUGUUAUUGUUAUUUUGUUGGAUGAAUUGUUACAAAAGGGUUAUGGAUUGGGUUCUGGUGUUUCGUUGUUUACUGCUACAAACACUUGUGAGCAAGUAUUUUGGAAAGCUUUUGCUCCCACUACCAGUUCAUCCGCUAGAGGUACUGAAUUUGAUGGUGCUGUUGUUUCCAUGUUCCAUUUGCUUGGUUCUAGAAAAGAUAAAAAGAGAGCAUUGAUUGAAUCUUUUUACAGACCAAAUUUGCCAAACAUGUUUCAAUUAUUAGCCACCAUUUUGGUAUUUUUCGCUGUUGUUUACUUACAAGGAUUCAGAAUUGAAUUACCAAUGAAAUCGACAAGACAAAGAGGACCAUAUGGAUUGUAUCCAAUUCGUUUGUUCUACACCUCAAACAUCCCAAUCAUGUUAGAAAGUGCACUUGCCUCAAACAUCUUUAUUAUUUCCCAAUUGUUGUUUAUCAGAUGGCCACAAAACUUGUUUAUCAAACUCUUAGGUACUUGGGAUGCCAGACCAGGAUCUUCACAAUUAUAUGCCAACGGCGGAUUAGCUUACUACAUUCAACCACCAUUCAGUUUUACUGAAGCAUUGUUGGAUCCAAUCAAAACAACCGUUUACAUUUCUUUUGUUCUUGGAUCUUGUGCUUUAUUCUCCACCACUUGGAUUGAAAUUAGUGGUACAUCUCCUAGAGACAUUGCCAAGCAAUUCAAAGAGCAAGGUUUGGUUAUUGCAGGCCAUAGAGAAACUUCAACUUACAAGGAGUUGAAAAAGAUUAUCCCAAUUGCUGCUGCAUUUGGUGGUGCUACUAUUGGUGCUUUAUCGGUCGUUUGUGACUUGAUGGGAACUUUAGGAAGUGGUACGUCGAUAUUGUUGGCUGUUACUACUAUCUACGGAUACUAUGAAUUAGCUGUCAAGGAAGGUGGUUUCAACAAGUCGUUGGUUAGUGGAUUUUCUGACGGUAUUUAG